AUGACGCAGUACAGCCUCGCGAAGCAGGCCGCCCUCUUGAAAUGGAUUAACACUUUCAAGACAUCGCGCCGGGCGGCCACGCUUAAGGACCUCCAAGAUGGUCUCAUGCUGGGAGACAUCCUCGAAGAUAUGACCUCCGGGGACUUUUCCAGCUCGAGCCUCAUACGGACUCCUUCGUCACCCGAAGACAACAAGGCCAACCUCGAAACCGUGUCUCGUGGCCUUGCUGCCUUUAUGCGCAACGACCUCCCACAGUACGCUCCUCCGCCAUCCAAGCUACGCGCUAUCCUAGAACACCCCGACGACAACGCGAUUUGCGAGUUCCUCUCGUACUUUGUCAUUACUAUCUGCUUGGGUUCCACCAACAAGGCCUACGUUCCCGCCAUCUUGAAGCUUGACAGUGUCACGCAAAAGGAGAUUGCCAACACUGUUGAAGUAUUCCAAAAGCAAAAACAGAUCGAUGCGGAUCCGAAACUGCAAGAGCCCAGGGAGGUGGACGGACAAGAUGCUGCCGAUUUGCACAUCGCCAGGGAUCCAGCCCUUAUGGAGGAAGAGUUGGGGCAAAUAAAGGGCGCGUACGACUUUGUAAAAAAACAGAAUGCCGAUCUACAAGCGCGGGUGGACAAGCUCCUCGAUACACGGCAAGCACUGCUCAACGACCUUAAUGGGGCGCAAGCCGAGCUGAACGCCAUGAAAAGGCACAGGGGUGCCGAUGCUGGUGCGGCCAUCAAGGACCUGCGUGAUGAGAUCAAGGACAAAAUGGCCAUCAUCGACGACUUGGAGGCUCAGCUUGUCAAGGAGACAGCGCACAUCACCAAGCUCGAGAAGGACAAUGCUGCUCUAAAAGCAAGGGCUGACCGGGUUAAGGACCUGGAGGACAAGCUUACAGAGCUGGAGCACGAAAACAAGCAGCAACAGCAACAAAUCAAGGGCCUUGAGAACUACAAGAAGAAGGCUCAAGAUCUCACAUUCAUCCAACAACGGAACAGGACACUAGAAGAGCAAAUUGUCCAGAUGGAACAGGACUUGAAGGACUACGAAAACUUCAAAGCGCAAAACAGGAAGCUACAAAAGGAGAUUGAGGAGAAGGUCAAGGUGCUGGCAAAUAACGAGCAAGAGAUUGUCUACACCCUCCAAUCCAGGAACGUCUUGCAAGAAACGAACGAGGAGCUCCAACGAAGAGUCGAGUACCUCGAAUCGAAACACCAGGCCGAUGAAAAUAUGAUCAAGGAGCUCCAGGAGCAGCUGCAAAUGGGCGGCGCCAUCCAUGAGACAUCGGGUUCUGAAAGCCCUGUUACCAAUGGCGGCUUUAAUCUCGAGCAUGAGCUUGAAACAGAACCGGCCGUUCGUCUAGAGCUCCAGCGGCUCAAGGCAGAGAACACUGUCUUGCGCAGCAAUAUGACUGUUGCGUCUGAGAAUGAACGCCUAAGAAGCGAAUUGGAGUCGGCCAACAAGAAGGUAGACUUGUAUCGCGGCAAGUGCACCGAAGCCAUGGAGAAGCAUGCCGUUGCCCAGGAACAACUCAAUGCCAUUAUGAACAACACAGCAGGAGAAAGCAAUCCUGCCUUUGUUAACCUGCGCAAGCAGUUCCUUGACACAUCUAGUGACGUUGAGAACCUCACAAAGCGGGUUCAGGAGCUUGAACAGAACGUUGCAGACAAGGAACGCGAGUUGAUUGCUGUCAAGACAGAUCUGUCCGUCAUUGGAGAGGAGCAAUCAGCAGCACUCACCGCACUCAAGGCGUCUGACGAGUUGAUAGCCGAGUCACUACAGAAGGAACUCGAAGCGACACGCAAGCAGCUCAGAGAGAAGACGUUUGAACUGGACGAGAUGAAGGCGCAGCUGAUGGAAGCACUGGUCUCUAAGGACAAGCUCCGCAAGCAGCUGGACGAUGCUAUUGCGAGCGGCGGAGAUCCGAACAAAUCCAGGAAGGAGGACGUGGAAAAGAUGGAGAAGCUGAAGGCCGCGCUCAGGCAAAAGAUCGAGCAACUCGACAAGGCUGAACAGGAGAAGUACGACCUCCAAAGGCGGAUCAAGCUUGUUGAGAGCGGUGGUGCCUACGCGGCCCAAAAGGCGGCAAGCGACCAAAUCAUUAAGAACCUCCAGCGCGAGAAUUCCAUGAUUACAACAGCGUGGUACGACAUCACCAGCCGACUCCAGAGCAAUCACGUUAUCCUCCAAAGAAGGCAUGACCAACCCAAGAGCUGGCUGCACAAGCAAAGGCAGUUGGUAAACUUUACUGUCUCUAGCGGCGGUGGCUACCACUCUGAAGAACCUGUAUCGUGUCUCGGUCGUGUUGAGAGGAAGGGAGCAGAGGCCAACAACAAGCUCAUCAUCAUCAUCAUCAUCAUCAUCAUCACCAUCAUCACCAUCAUCACCAUCAAUACGUCGGCCGAUGGCCACCACGGCGGGGGCCACGGCGUUUCUUUCAGUGCUGGCUACGGGAGUUGGUGUGAUUGA